GCGAGAGUGUCAGGACUCAGUACUCAGGAAGGAUCGUUGAUCCAAUUCUGGAGGCGCCGAAGAUAGAUUAGAUUGACCAUUGUGGCGUAAUGUUAGACGAGAACGCGGAGCUCAACGAGCAUCCUGAACAUGGCGGCGAUGAAGAGGGUGGCGACCGUGACGACGCCGACGACGACGAUGAAGGCGGAAAGAAGGCAGGCGUCAUUGGAAACUGUCCCCUCAUCAUCUCCGUGUCUCUCGCCCACCUCGUCAGCCCCGCCACCACGCACACCAGCCCCACAGUUCAACCGGGAACAUAUGAGCUCAAACAUGCCUCCGGGCUCGCAUUGAACUCCCAAGAUGCGCCCGUCUACAACAGGCAGUGCGACGACGCGUUGGUUCUCGAAACUUUCCCGCCUCGGCUCGGAAAGUGGGAAUUCGAUCGCGUCGGUGACGGAUACACAAUCAAGCAAAGAGAAACAGGCCUCUAUUGUACUCUUCCCCAGGCUGGACCAAAGCUUGACGCUCCGGGCUGUAAGGCGUCUGCGUACAUAUGGCAGCUGAAGCGCACCGGACCGAUAUCCGCCCCUGGAAAUAUUGCUCCUGGAGUAUAUGCCCUCAAGAACAAAGCGAGCAAGACAUACGUCGCAUUGGCCCCUGACGAGAAGACCAUCCAGUGUUGGCCGGAAGCCGAUCUGUGCACCCGCGGCACCAAGCUUUGGGAGAUUGUGCCUUGCGGUGGUGGAUACACGAUCAAAUUGGCUGGCACCGACAAAUACUGUACUCUCCGGGAAUCAAUCUCUUGGAGAUCCAAGGUCUCAGUCUCUAGUGUCCCUGCAGCUUGGAAGAUCGUCCCUGCUGAUGGUCAUUCAAACGAGGGGUGCUUUCAAAUUUUCUGGGCAGAUACGCAGAUGUUGUGGGAUCUUAGCGGGUAUGGCAGCUCCAAACCAGGCACCCCUGUCGAGAUUGUCCAGAACAAGGAUAGCCGAGAUUGCCGCUUUUUCUUCCUUGAGGCUUGAGUGUCUCGCGCUACGCAGCUCUUCAGGCUGACCCUGCCAUCGUGACAUUCGCAUGGCUGGCUCGUCUUGAGGAACUGCGCCGGCCCUGAAAUACUUGCUCUUAGUUACUUGCAAUGAUAUGUGCUCCCUCGGGUGAUCAAAUGUUUACCGAUUCAGUGUAAAUUAGUGUAGCAAUAUGGCCUUCAAUCUGGUGCUUACUAUUAUCAUACCUUC